AUUAAUUUUUGUUUCUGUAGCGGUUCGGACGGACGCUCCGCGACGCUCGCUUGGCCCGCCGCUCGGUUCGCUUGGUCGCCGUUUAGCUGUUUCGCUGCUCCGCCAUUUGCCGUUGGCCGCUUCGCCUGCCGUCGCCGUCGCCGUCGUUGUUGCCGUUGCCGUUGCCGUUUCUUAUUUAUUAUUAUUUUUUAUUUUCACCCGUGGCCGUGUCCGUGUGUUGGUUGGCCCUGUACGUGUGAGCGCCAGCGGUCUCCUUCUCUUGGCCUGCCUCUUCCGUGGGCUCCGCCGCUGCUAAAAUGCAAAGAACACGCUCGAGAAACGUAAAUGGCGCCGCGCUAACGAAUGGAAUUGGAAUAUCAAACAGUGCCCCCCAAAGCCCCAUAUAAAAAAAUGAAAUAAAAAUACAAAAAGCAGCAAUACAACAAGCAACAAACAAACUUCGCUCGGCCCCUGCGCUUUUUUUUCGGGUGUGUGUUGUGUGCCAGUGCUUGUGCUUUUGUGUAAAAAGUUUGGAACAACAGCCUAAACGCGGUCGAGAAGAAUUAUUAUAAGCGAAGCAACAACAAAUGAACACUUGCUGGGAGAUGAAUGGCAGAGCAACAACACAAAUUAAAGCUACAACAUGAAAGUGAAACAAAAACAACAAAAUACCUCCAGCUGUACAAAUAUUGAAUGAUAUUGAACAACUAAAAAAGAGAAAUAAAUGCACAAUUAUAAUCAAAAUAAUGCGAGUGUUGAAACAAAGAGCUAGCGGAAAAUAAAAACUAAAAAAAUGAAACUUAUGCUCAUUACCCCGAAAACCCGUCCAACUGAAAAAAAAAUACCAAAAGUGUUUUUGAAAAAUGUUUGAACAAAUACUAGGGAAAAUACCGCUCAACGGCGAGAGUGAAACUAUGAAAAUACCAGAAAAAUACCAAGUGAACUGAAUCAAACGCAAAACAAAUACUGUAAUUUGAUAUAGAUACUGUUAUUAUUUUUUUUUCGUUUUUUUUUCCUCUUGCAAAGUAAAGUACAAAGAAUCACAAAGAAAAACAAAAACAAAUAACGGCAAAGAUAACAAAGCGAAUUGCAACUGCAGGACAGCAACAACAAGCACCACAUCGGCGGAAAACAAAGUAAUACAAAAUAAAUAAUCCGCCAAUACCAACGGACAGCGGAGAGAGCGGGACGGACAAAUAAACAAGCCGCUCCGGCGAGUGCGAGAGGGAGAGCGAGCGAAAGCUUCAUGCAGAAAAGCAAGAAACAGCGCAAAACAUCUGGAGAACAUGGAGGGCGCCAGUCGCAGCAGGAACUCCUCCGCGAGUCAGAGUCAGGGUCGCGGCCAGGACAUUGAGGAUCUCAAGCAAGACAUUCCCUUCUUCGACGAGCCGGCGGCCCUCGAGGCGGAUCUCCUUGUACUGGGCAAGAGCGAGUGCCAACUGGACGAGCUGGCCUGGGAUCCCGAGGCGGAUGUGGACGCGGAUGCUCCGCUAGAGGCGGCACAGCCCGUCGAUCUCGAGGAGGACAACUAUCCGGACGAGAAUGAGAGCUCGGUGCUGGGCAGCGACUAUGCGCCCAGUGGGAGUGGCAGCGGUGCGAACAGCUUCUACCAGUCGCCCACGCCCUCCACCGCCGGCUCCGGAUGCGACCUGAUGCUCCGUCCGCCCUCCAGUUCCAUGUACCACUUCAACUACCGAUCGCCGGGGAGUCCGCUGCCCGUGGCGAUACCGGGCGGAGGAGGCUCCAACUCGCGCGGGCUGCAUCCGUACGCACAUUCCCCGGUUCAUGGCACACCGCCGGGCUUCUAUCCCAACAUGUGGUAUCCGAAUGCCCCUUACGGAUCGGGGGGAUCCGGCGGAGGAGGAGCAGCAGCAGGCGCCGUAGCCGGUGGCAGGUACAUGGGCUACGGAGCCAGUGGCGGUGUGCCCAAUUCAGGAGCAGGGCCGGGAUCCAUGCAAGGAGCUUUUGCUGGGCACUCGGGCCACCUGCAUGCGAUGCAUCACCCAUAUCCGCAGCCACAUCCGCACUCGCACCACCCGCAGCAUCCGCAUCAUAUGGCACACCCGCACCACCAGCAUCCGAACGAGACCAUGAUGGAGAUGUUCCAGCUCUCGAAUAGUGGUCGGGAGGCGCGAAAUCGAGCGGAAAAAAAUCGGCGGGAUAAGCUGAACGGAUCCAUCCAGGAACUGUCCACAAUGGUGCCCCAUGUGGCGGAGUCACCACGUCGAGUGGACAAAACAGCCGUGCUGCGGUUCGCCGCCCAUGCACUGCGAUUGAAGCAUGCCUUUGGCAACAGUCUGAUGCAGCAGCGACCGCAGAUCACGGACACUCUGAUGGACAUGCUGGACAGCUUCUUUCUCACACUCACCUGCCACGGCCACAUCCUGCUGAUCUCGGCCAGCAUCGAGCAACACCUGGGCCACUGCCAGUCGGACCUGUACGGCCAGAGCAUCAUGCAGAUCACCCACCCCGAGGACCAGAACAUGCUCAAGCAGCAGCUGAUCCCCACCGAGCUGGAGAACCUCUUCGACGCCCAUGGGGAUGCGGAUGCCGAGGGUGAGCCCCGCCAGCGCAGCAAAACCGAGGAGGACGCCAUCGAUCGCAAGUUGCGCGAGGACAGGCGCAGCUUUCGAGUGAGGUUGGCCCGAGCGGGUCCCAGAUCAGAACCCACCGCCUACGAGGUGGUCAAGAUCGAUGGCUGCUUCCGACGCAGCGACGAAGCUCCCCGCGGAGUACGAUCUAAUACUUUCAGCUCCAACCUGCACUUAAUCAGGAGGACUCGCGGUCGUGACGAUGUCAUUCCCCUGCACACCAUCAGCGGUAACGAUAUCAUUCUGACGGCCUGCGCCCGGAUUAUCCGGCCGCCGAAGAUCGCCAGUCGCCUGAUCGAUGCCAACACGCUGGAGUACAGGACCCGCCACCUGAUCGACGGCAGGAUCAUCGACUGCGACCAAAGGAUAGGAAUCGUGGCCGGCUACAUGACGGAGGAGGUGCGCAAUCUUAGCCCGUUCACCUUCAUGCACAACGACGAUGUGCGCUGGGUGAUCGUGGCCCUGCGGCAGAUGUACGACUGCAACAGUUCGUAUGGCGAGUCCACCUACCGACUGUUCACCCGGAACGGCAACAUCAUCUACCUGCAAUCGAAGGGCUACCUGGAGAUCGACAAGGAGACGAACAAGGUGCACUCCUUUGUCUGCGUGAACACGCUGUUGGGCGAGGAGGAGGGCAAGCGGCGCGUCCAGGAGAUGAAGAAGAAGUUCUCGGUGAUCAUCAACACCCAGAUACCGCAGUCGACCGUCGAUGUGCCCGCCUCCGAGCAUCCGGCUCUGCUGGAGAAGGCCGUGCUGCGGCUCAUCCAGAACCUGCAAAAGUCUGGCGAGGAUGGCCACGAGGAGGGCGAUGAGGAUGAGGAGGCGGAGGAAGAGGACGACGACGCGGACGACGAUGAGGACCAGGAUGAUGGGGCGCGCAGCAUGUCCGAGGUCGGUGAUCAGUAUGGCAGCCAUCACGGUCGGUCGCACCAUGGUUCCUCGGCUCUCUCCUCCCACGGCCAUGGUAGCUCCAAGACCCCGCCUCUGGCACUGGUUCCGCCGGAAACCUCCUCCGUGAAGUCCUCGAUUUCGAAGAGCAUCAGUGUGGUCAAUGUGACGGCGGCCAAGCAUCUGCGCGGUGUCCAUGGGUCGGCGGCCAAAUCGCCCAGCACCCUGGGCAACUGCACCUGCAGCGAAUCCCAUGCGCCCUGCGACUUCUGUCAGGGUCCACCCGCGCCCGAUUCCCAGGCCGUCGGGUCCACCCUGAAGAGGAGCAGCACUGUGCUGGCGGAAGGCGACGAGAAGCUCGUCAAGCGGCGCUUUAUGCCCAGCAGCACUGAGCACGUGUUCGAUGUGCUGCACACAUCUCUGGACCAAAUCGGCCGGAAUCUGACCCAGCAACUCAACGUGGCCAGGAACCUGCGGGAACAGGGCCAGCGCUACGACUUGCCCCAUGCCGAACAGCAGAUCGAACAGAUCAUGCAGGAGCACCAGAAGCAGAGCGAGCUGUACGUGAACAUCAAGAGCGAGUACGAGGUGCAGCUGCAAAACAAGUCCGGCAACCGGAAGGCGUCGGAGUCGGAUCGGAGCCAGGCGGAGGACCAGGACCCAGCCGAACUGAGUGUGAAAAUUUUUACCAAGUGCGGAGCCAGAAAAAAAAAGACCAAGACCGACCAACAAAUAAAGAAAAACGCCGAGCGCCGCAAAAUGAGUGGGGAUGUGGCUGCCGAGAAUAACAUCCACAUACAAAAUGGUGGCAGCUGCGAGGUGGUGCAGUCCAACGGGGUGACCACCAACGGACACGGCCACCACCACCACCACAGCAGCAGCGGCAGCGGGAGCAGCAGCAGCAAGCAUAAAUCCUCCAGCAAGGACAAGCACCGUGAUAAGGACAGGGAGCACAAGAGCUCCGGAUCCUCCAGCUCGUCGAGGGAUCACAAGAGCAGCAGUCGCGACAAGGAUCGGCACAAGAGCAGCAGCAGCUCGUCGUCCAAGCACCGGGACAAGGACAAGGAACGCGAUGGCAGCAGCAACUCGCAUCGCAGCAGUUCUUCAUCCAGCCACAAGGACAAGGAUGGGAGCAGCAGCAGCAGUAGCAGCAAGCACAAGUCCUCGUCGUCCUCGUCCGGCCACCACAAGAGCUCCUCGAAGGACAAGGAGCGCCGGGACAAGGACAAGGACCGCAGCAGCAGCAGCUCCUCCAGCCGGCACAAGUCCUCGUCCUCGUCGUCCAGCUCCCGUGAUAAGGAGCGCAGCAGCAGCAGUCACAAGAGCUCCUCCUCGUCGUCCUCAUCGAAGAGCAAACAUUCCAGCUCGCGGCACAGCAGCUCUUCGUCCAAGGAUCCGCCGUCGUACGAUGGUGUCUUUGUCAAGCCGGAGCCCGUUUCCCAGCCGAUGAUGCUCUCCGGCCCGGCCGAUCCCUUCCAAAUGCAGCAGAUCGGCGGCUACGAGGCCGCGGCCGCCCUCAACUUCAAUGGCAAUGGCAAUGGCAAUGGGAACGGGAACGAUGGCGGCAUCAACUACAAGAACGGCUACGAGGAGUCGAUUGUGGACAUCAAGAAGGAGGACGAGAGCUACAACAAUCUGUCGCAGGCCAGCUCCUGCGACUACUCCAUGUCGCAGUUUCGCGCCGACGAGCCGCCGUUCGAGGUGAAGCACGAGCAGAGCUACGCCGAGGAGGACAGCACCAUGAACGACAAUGACCAGGACGAGGAGAACGAGCGCGAGGAGAUGGACGACGACGAGGAGGAUGUGCCGCUGGCCAUGCGCAAGCGCAAGCAGGAGGAACCCGAUCAGCCCGGCGGCGGCAUGGACGACGACGACGACGACAUUCCGCUGCUGGCGCGAAAGAAGGUCAAGAAGGAGCCCAAGGAGAAGUCCAAGAAGAAGCGCGUCAAGGAGGAGGCCUACGACGAGUACGGCAGCGUCAAGCCCAAGAAGAAAAAGAUCAAAAAGGAGGCCGAGGUUAAGACCGAGGUUGUGUCACCCACCAAGCGCCAGAAGGUCAAGGAGGAGGAGGAGGAGGUGUGGCGAUGGUGGGAGGAGGAGAAGCGCGCUGACGGCGUCAAGUGGUCCACGCUGGAGCACAAGGGACCCGUGUUCGCGCCGCCCUACGAGCGGGUGCCGCGCAACGUGCGGUUCUACUAUGACGGCAAGCCCAUGGAGCUCUCCGAGGAGACGGAGGAGGCGGCCACCUUCUAUGCCAAGAUGUUGAACCACGACUACUGCACCAAGGAUGUGUUCAACAACAACUUCUUCAAGGACUUCCGCAAGUCGAUGACAGCCAAGGAGAAGGAGAUCAUCAAGGAUUUCCGCAAGUGCAACUUCCAGGAGAUGUUCAACUACUUUCAGGCGGAGUCCGAGAAGCGCAAGGCGGCCACCAAGGAGGAGAAGCUGAUCAAGAAGAACGAGAACGAGGCCCUGAUGAAGGAGUUCGGCUUCUGCAUGAUCGACGGCCACAAGGAGAAGAUCGGUAACUUCCGGCUGGAGCCGCCGGGCCUGUUCCGCGGCCGUGGCGAGCACCCCAAGAUGGGCAUGAUCAAGCGGCGCAUCCAGGCCAGCGAUGUGUCCAUCAACUGCGGCAAGGAGUCCAAGGUGCCGUCGCCGCCCAGCGGAUCGCGCUGGAAGGAGGUGCGCCACGACAACACGGUCACCUGGCUGGCCUCCUGGAUCGAGAACGUGCAGGGCCAGGUCAAGUACAUCAUGCUGAAUCCCUCCUCGAAGCUCAAGGGCGAGAAGGAUCACAUCAAGUACGAGACGGCGCGACGCCUGGACAAGGUGAUCGACAAGAUCCGGGCCACCUAUCGCGACGAGUGGAAGUCCAAGGAGAUGAGGGUGCGCCAGCGGGCGGUGGCCCUCUACUUCAUCGACAAGCUGGCGCUGAGAGCGGGCAACGAGAAGGACGAGGACCAGGCGGACACCGUCGGCUGUUGCUCGCUGCGCGUGGAGCACGUCCAGCUGCACAAGGAGCUCAACGGCAAGGAGAACGUGGUGGUGUUCGACUUCCCCGGUAAGGAUUCCAUUCGCUACUACAACGAGGUCGAGGUGGAGAAGCGCGUCUUCAAGAACCUCGAGCUGUUCAUGGAGCACAAGAAGGAGGGCGACGACCUCUUCGACCGACUCAACACCCAGGUGCUCAACGAGCAUCUCAAGGAGCUGAUGGACGGGCUUACUGCCAAGGUAUUCCGUACGUACAACGCUUCGAAAACACUGCAAAGCCAGCUGGAUCUGCUCACGGAUCCGAGUGCCACGGUGCCGGAAAAGCUGUUGGCCUACAAUCGCGCCAACCGAGCCGUGGCCAUCCUCUGUAACCAUCAGCGCUCCGUGCCCAAGGGCCACGAGAAGUCGAUGGAGAACCUAAAGGAGAAGAUCAAGGCCAAGCGGGAUGCCAUCGACGACUGCGAGGCCGAAUAUCAUGAUUUGAAGAAGGCUGCCAAGCGGGGCUCCGUCAAGGAGAAGGUCAAUGCCGACAAGAAGGGCAAACAGCUGGAGCGCCUGAAGGAUCAGCUGAAGAAACUAGAAUUACAAGAGACUGAUAGAGACGAGAAUAAGACCAUUGCCCUGGGCACAUCUAAGCUAAACUAUCUCGAUCCACGCAUAUCGGUGGCUUGGUGUAAAAAGAACGGAGUGCCGAUCGAGAAGAUAUUCAACAAAACGCAAAGAACCAAAUUUCUGUGGGCCGUGCACAUGGCCGAUGAGAACUAUCGUUUUUAAAUGGGUUCUCCUCACUGGCACGCCCACUCAACCGACACGCCCCCUCUCACACACACCACCACACACCCCCACACACACAAGGAAGCGCAGACAGCGCAGGUUGAAGAGCUGGAGACCGCGAAAAAACCACACCCACCAAAAGGCCGGUUUGCCAGUGGAUUGCCCAGGUGAACCGCCAGAGUUUAUGCAAUGUAAAUGCAUAUGUUCAGCUCUUGGGAAGUGGCGGUAUCGCCCGGAACCGUCCUCCAAUGAGAAAGGGACGGACGCAUCCGCUGGCCUGCGUUUGUUUUGUCUGCUUUGAAUAGUUGUUUGAUUGUUUCAAGAGCGCACUACGCGAAGUCUAACUUGCGAGGUGUGCACACCGAGCACACACGCGCUCACACUUCUAUGCGGAUAUAUAUAUGGCGAAGGCAAUAUAUAUAGAUUAUAUACCAAUUUUUAAUAAACACCUAGAGAAGAAGCGAAACCUGUGCAAGACGUCGUCGCCACCUAAAAACAAAAUAACAUAAUUUUCUAUGUUACCGUCUACAAGCAACAAUUUUUUUUGUCAAAACUGACUUCUCUUACAUAUAUUUUAAUUUUAUAUAUAUAUAUUAAUUAAAGAUACACAAGAAAAACUAAACAAGCAAAAAAAAAAAAGAAGAGAGAACUUGCAAGCAGAAGGCAAACAAACGAAAAAUGAUACAAUUACAAGUUUUUUUAUGUUUACAUUUAGUUGAUUUUUGUUUAGCGAAAAAUGUCUUUCACUAUUGAUUAAUAUUAAUUAUACGAGUACCACUACGAUAGCGUAUUUAAGUGCUAAUUGAACAGAGAACCUUGUAGCCCAACUUUUAGCAUAGCAUAAUUUAUUCAAUUCACUCUGAUCCAGCGCAACUACCGCCCCAAGAAACGAAGAACAAAACCCUGUGCAUGUCGAGGUGAUUUUGUCUUGUACCUUAUGAUUUUAGUUACAAUUUAAAUAAACGAAUGCUAAAUUCA